AUGGAGUCCCUCUCAGCCCCUAUCCACAGGGGACCUGUCACCUGGCACGGGCUCCUGCUGGCUGUUUCACUCUUAAAUUUCUGGAGCCCACCAAGCACUGCCGAACUUGCUAUUGUGUCAACCAAUGCUGUCCAAGGGAGUAAUGCGAUUCUACGUAUCCGCAAUAAGCCUCCUAAUGCUAUAGGCUUCACGUGGUACAGGUGGGAAGCAGAACACUCCAAUCCUAAUAUUGCAACUCUUACACUGCAAGAAAGAAGGUAUAAAACAGAGCCUGCAUACAGCGGUCGAGCAAAGAUAAACGUUAAUGGAUCCUUGCAGUUAAAGAAUGUCACCCCGAGGGACACAGGAAUCUACACCGUAAAAGUCCACCUUCCAGACUCAAAACAAGAAAUAGGAUUUGGACGGCUCGAUGUAUACCAGCCAGUGAGAGUGCCCAUAAUCCUAGCCAGCAAUACAACAGUCAUGGAGCAUAAGGAUUCCGUGAUCCUGGCCUGCUACACAAAUGCAGUCUCCAUCCAGUGGUUCCUCAAUGGCAUGAAUCUGCAGCUGACAGAGAGGAUGAAGCUGUCCUGGGAAAACAGAAUUCUCAUCAUAGACCCUGUCAGGAGGGAGGAUGCUGGGAAUUACCAGUGUGAAGCGUCCAACCCUGUCAGUUCUGCUAAAAGUGUACCAGUUGAGCUGGAUAUAAAAUUGUAGUGAGCCUCCUCCCUUCCUCUACAUUAUUAAACU